AUGACUUUCCAACAUACAAUUAAUAUCAAGAUCCGUGGGUUAUUUCACUUCUUAACAACAUAUAAAGACCCAUCUUUUCGCAUAUGUAAACCCUUUAAAAAGUUUUAUUUUCCUUGCAAUACUGUCAAUAAAAGAAAUAUUAUUCUAACAACAAUGACCAAUGAACUUUCGAAACCUACAACAUACAAACAAAACAUUGAACUUACCGAAGAUUCACUUUCCGAAUUAAACAACAACGUUCAAAAGGAGGAAGUGGAAAUGUUAAUCCAAACUAUUCGCUGUGUUACCGAUGAUAUGAAAAAGGAAGUUUAUUCAAAUCGUUUAAUUCCGAACAAAAUCUUUGAUCCACUAUUUGGCACCCUUGACUCAUUGCAGCAGACAUUGGAACCGUCUCGACUAAAUGUAUGUUAUGUUAUCGGUGCUUCCAACGCAGGUAAAUCAACCAUGAUCAACAAUCUAUGUGGAGAAAAAAUAUGCGAUGUCAGCCACAGCCAUAUUCCUGGUACAAAAGAUUUCCAGGAAGUGUCUGUGCCGAAAGUAAAUGCAGUUUUUAUCGAUACUGUAGGAUUCGGUGCAAAUUCAGAAGGUGAUUCUGAUCUUGUGAAAAAAAUUGAAACGCAAAUGAAAGCAGUUCAACAUCCAGAUGCGAUCAUACUGGUCGUUACAAGGGAUCAUCUGAGAAGAGAAAAAGAUUUGAUUGGUAUUACUAAUGAUAUUAAUAAUAUUUUAAAAUGGUUAAAGAAACAACGUUACGAUGUUAAUAUACCUAUUAUAUGUGUAUUAAAUAAAAUUGAUGAAUAUUUUGACGGUAAAGUACCAACAUUAGAGCAAAGCUCAGAAAUCGAAAACUGCAUUAAAGAGGCUUUAACAAAAGUCAACAAAUAUUUGACUACUUCAGCUACUCGAUGCAUUGCUGUGUCAAAGAAUGAAGAUUUUGGUAUUGAUGAACUUCGACGAAAUAUUGAUGGUCAAUCACCACUAAACGCACAAAUUAUUGAUACGAAUCUGAAUUAUGUAGCUCGAUAUCGAUUUUCAAUUGCCAACAAGAUUAUAAUUGCUUUUUCAACAGCUAGUGCGGCUGUCUCAUUUUUACCAAUUGUGGAUAUCGCACUCACAACUCUUUUGCAAGAAUGGAUGUACCGUAUGUUGGCGUGUUUCUCAAUUGAUUCAUCAAGAACACCGGACUCAUUUAAGGCAGUACAUUGUGUUCAUCAAGUUGCUAGUCUGGCAAUUCGUACAGGAGCACUUUUUGUUGGAGGUGUAUUCCAAUUAACUACUGUUGGAUAUUUAAUAGGUUCAAGUCUUUGUGUAGCAACAGCUGCCACUUCCACAACUGUUCUAGGAUGGGCAGCUUAUUCAUACUUUACUAACAAAAUUUCGUCAUAA